CAAACACUAAUCCAUUCAACACUUGCUGUUAGUCUGAAAACACGUGUCUUUAAUCCAUUAGUCCUUUGGUUUAAUCAGUCACUCAAUAGUCAGUUGGAGUUUAGUUGAGCUCAAGAGCUGUUCCCAAAAGUGACACUCAAUUUGUUUAGACAAAUACUUGGUUUGACUUUUGUUGACAACAAUUGGAUUCAUUCAUCAAAUCAGUGGCCAGAAAUGUCACCAAAACUGUCGAAACCGUUAUCACCGGGAGAUGUGAUCACUCAAGACAUACCAUUCAUUCAUAUCCUACACGACGAAUACAAAGACAAUUAUUGCGAUAAUUGUGUCCAACGAUCGGAUCAACUGAAGAGAUGCGCGAAAUGUCUUCACAUGUAUUACUGCAGUAAAGAGUGUCAGAAGAAUGACUGGAAGUAUCACAAGAAUGAGUGUCCACUCUAUCGCCGCCACUGGUCUGAAACGCUUCUAAUGGAUCGGCUAUUCCUCCGGAUCUUUCUUUCGGUCAAA